CGCGAUUAGAGUAAAUCAAGAGAUGGCGUUUUUAUUGAGCUUGAAGUGUGUUAAUUUUAAUUUUUAGUUGUUUCAUUUCAUUACGUUCGUUCUUGGGUGUAUUUCAAAGCAUCUAUCUUUUGUGCCUUCACUCGAAAAGAGGUUUGAUUGGUUCAAGUCCUCCAUACUGGUGUUCAAGAAAUUACGAAUUUCAAGAAUUACCUGAGAGGCCUAACAGAAAUUAGACUGAUUUGAAAACGCUCAUUUACACUAUUCAUCGAGCAGCAUAACUCAUGAUUUUCAAUUUCCUUAAUCGAGAAAAUUCAACUUAAAAUGUUGCUUUAAGCUGAUUCCGCGAGUUCUUGUAUUGAUACUUGGACUGAUAUUUUACGAAAUAAAAUUGAAUUAAGUUUAUUAAUAAUUAAAAAAAUCUAAAUGAAAUUUCAUCCCUUUUCAAUAGGGACCAUUGAAAAAUUUAGUUUGAAUUACUGGCCCGUUCAAAGAUUAAGAUACCUUAAUCUUUGGGCAGGUCUCUAUAAUAUGAUUGGCAAAACUCUUGAAACUAUCAAGUUAUAACAUAUGACCAGAACUUGAAUUUCAUUUUGUAUCACUUUUAUAUAAAGGAAGGAUUUUUGUUUUAGAUUAUAUUUUUAUUUCUAUUCUUUACUGUUAGACAGUAAUUAUGUCCGUUAUUUAUAAUUACGUGAUUCUGUGGUUCCAUCUCAUAAUUUUUUCAUCACAAGAUGACACUCAUAAAUACUACAACUCAACAAUAUUAACGAAGCCAACUGAAGCCAUGAAAUAUUGGGUUGACAUUGAUAAGAUGCCCAAUGUUACUUUACAUCCUAUGCUGCCUAAAUCAGAUGAUCCUCCUGCGCCAGUUAAUCUUGAUGGCGAAUUCCCGGUCUAUGGUUUUCCUUUUCCCAUAAAGAAUGUAACCAUUUCGACCGAAGGAUUUCUUCUAUUAUAUAAUAUUGUUGACAGUUAUGGAUGGUCAUAUAUUGCUCCAUUAAUGGCUGCUUUUGAUCCACGGUUUAACACAACGAAAGUUAAGUACGCCAAGAACUCGACUAUGUUUGUUGUCCAGUGGGAGAAUCUUGCAAUCACGAAACAUCCUCAAAAAUUUUUCACAACCCAAGUUUCUAUAUUUCCAACUGGUGACAUUGUCUUUGUUUACAAAAAUAUCCCAAUUUCAUUCAACGACUUUCUGGGUACCGAUGAUUUUAGAAUUGGACUUUCUUAUUCGUUUCAAAUUGAAAAAAACGUUGUCUUUGACAAAGAUAAUACUAUCCAUUACAAUCGUUUUGAAGAGGACGGAAAGGGAAAUAUACGCAACAACACCGCUAUUUACUUCACUGCCUUACCGACUUGCCAUACGCUGAAAGAUUGCAAAAGCUGUUGGGUCGGUUUUUCAGGUUUAGAUUGUAGAUGGUGUGAAAGUACUGGACGAUGCUUUGACGGAUUGCAUAGACCAAAAGGAGAAUGGCUUGCUAAAAAUUGUGAUACCGAAGCUAAAAAAAAUAAUUGCCUUGUAUCCACUAAUAGCUCAACUGUAAUUCGAAAUGCAACAUCUACUAUUUCACCAUAUCCAGGUAAUUUGAAUUGGGUGGUUCAAUUGGGCAUCUGGAUCAAAGAAAUGAUUUUGGCAUUGUGAUUGUGAACCAUGUAUCUGGAUCAACCUAAAAAGUGCAAGUUGUUUUAAAAUUUUUUAUAAAGUAUAAGAAACCAGAUUUCCAUUAAAAGAGAUUCUUUUAAACAA